AUGGCGGAGGACGACGAGCACAUAGAUGUCGCAGCGCCCUCAGAAGAGCGACCCGUGACGGCGCGCAAGGAUUCGCGGAAGGUUCCCGGUGGCUUUGGGAUCGACGACGUGGAUGACCUCUCCCCGGACAAGGAGACCUUCGAAGACUCGAUGUUUGCGAACUCGGCGGCGCACGAGCAGAACAAGCGGAUACUAUCUCUCGAUCCUACGAGCCUGCCUCCCCUCCCUCCCCCGGCGGUCGACAGCAGUUUGUUGUACAGUCAGAGUCAGAACAUAGGGACCGGGAGCGAUGCCCGUUUUGAUGAUAUGGUGGAUGAGAGGGAGAUGCAGAGGCAUUUGAAUGAUGUGGAGUCCAGCUUUAUGCCUGUGCCGUCACCUAUUGGCAUAAAUGCGGAUGGGAAGAAGGGAGCGGAUGAUACCUACUUGUUUGAUGGAGCACAAUCGCAGAACGGUUUACAGCAGAGGUUGGAAGAAGCAGCAAGUAAGGUUACAGAUUCUACCAAGCCAGACAGAACAUCGUCAGAGGAGGACGAGGCAUACCAGACUGCCCGUGCUGGUUCCCCAAUUCCCGAAGAAUCUACCGUGGUCACUGGGAACACUACAUCAUCACUCGAAACCAUGUCCUCAUCCCCUACAGCAGCGGCUGCCGCGCGAACCGUCUCAAGAGCAAUAUCCAUGGCGAGUGCGGAUGGCCAAGAGUCAAUGAACAGCGAGGACGGCGAAAAUUCGCAGGAGCAGACAGAUAGCGAAUAUGAUGUGGAAGCAACACCAAGGAAGAGGGCUGGCUCACACGGCUCCGACGAUCGAUCCACCCUCCGUCACCACCUCUCGAAUCCUAGCCUCAACGCUGCAGAUGCAGGCAGCACACCGGGACAUGCUCUAAUGAACAACAAAACCAGACAGCCAAAGUUUCUGCGAAGUCGACAUACCAGCCAACAUUCCUCGGUAUCCUCUUUUGUCACGAAUCCCGAAUCACACGAAGGAAGUGAUCUUACAUUGGGCGCGGACUAUGCUCUACAAUCUGGAGGCGCAGCGCCUGGUGGUGGAAUGUCUCGAAGUAGCAGCAUGGCACUUUCCAGGUCGAUCAGCUUAGGAAGUAUGGCAUCGGGCAUUGGAGACUAUUCUGGAGACUCGCCAGAGCGCCUGGAUGGUUUAGCUACAUUGACGGAAGAAGAGCUAAAUCGCGAACGACGACCUCUGGACGAUGUUUCUCCCCCAGCAACACCACGAGCGACGAGCAGGACGCUCGCUGCUCCUACGGAUACGAUUAUCGCUCGCCAUGUACGAAAUGUCCAUGUCCCGGAAUCGGUUGCACAAGAGUACCGAGACAAGAAUGGGGCCUCCCCGAAUAAACGUACUGGAUUUGCGGUUUCUACACUUGGUCGGAAUGGCAAGAAUCUGACGUUGAAGGAACAGAGCAGUACCAUCGAGCGGCUGUCGAAGGAGAACUUUGACUUGAAACUCAAAGUCAUGUUCCUCAGUGACCGACUGGACAAGCUUUCGGAAGAGGGUGUGAAGGAGAUGAUAUCCGAGAACGUGGAGCUGAAAACUGGACUGGCCGUGAUGCAGCGAGACAACAAGGCUCUGAGGCGAAAGGUCAAAGAGCUUGAGAAGCAAUUAAAAGAUGAGGAGGACCGGCCUAGCACAGCUCAGUCUGGAACUUCAACAGGACAUCCCAGCCCUAAAUGGUUUGACCAAGAAGGCGCACAAGAACGAGAAGAAGAGCUGCUGUAUCUUCGGGAACGUGUCGAGGAAUACGUGACCGAAAUUGAGAAGCUGCGAAAUGAUAGCAUCGCUCGAGAGAAUGAAAAGCGAAAGCUGGCUGAAGUUAAUGUCGAAGCUCGAGAAGAGAUGGACGUCUGGAAAGAUCUUCUGGAGCAAGAGACUUCACGCCGAGAGCAAGCUGAUGAGGAUAACAAGAAGCUUCGAGAGGAGAUCUUCCGCCUCAAGACUGAAUCGAGUUCAGGCACCGGUCUUUCUGGACUCAGCCACACGACCAACAUCUACAAUAUUACGAAGAAACGCACACUCUCGCCUUCGCGACCAAGAUCCGGAAUUGCUGCCAGUACUCUUGUUGAAGAGCUCAGGAGAGAGAGCGAGCAACUGAAACAUGAGAAUGCUGAACUUCGAAGAGAAGUCGGUGCUCAAACUUCAAUGUUGACAUCUCGAAACCGUGAAAAGGAACGCCUAUAUCAAGAGAUCGAAGACUUGAAACUCGGCCAGCGGAGAGGAGGCGGUUCUGUGGCCGGUGAUAGCAUUCUCGAGCGCUCCGCUUCAAGGGCGCAUGAACGGUCGCUUUCACGGGCCAGCGCUGGGACGAGACAAACCAACAUGACUGAUGCCGAGCGGGAAGACUUCGAAAAUAAGCAUGCCGAGCUUCAUCUUCAGCGCGAAUUGGAGUCCUGUAUGGAAGAUUUCGAAACUGCAGUCGAACAGAAGAAGCAAGCCGAAUCUCUCGCAAAUGAACUCCAAGAAGCACUCGAAGUUGCUGAGAAUGAUCUGAUUACGAUGCAAACUGAUCGAGACGAGGCAUUGCAAGGGCAGGAAGAAGCUGAGAUCAUGUUUGAGUCGCUACGAAAAGAAGCUCAAGAAGAACUUGAUGGCUUUGCUGCCGAAGCUGAGGAGGCCAAUGCUGAGAUUGAACGUCUUCAAACGGAGCUGGCUGAUACUACCGAGAACUUCAAUGCGCUGCAAAAUGAGAUGCGGGAGAUGAGCGAAGGGAUUGUUCGAUUGGAAGACGAUCAUGAAAGCAAAAAUAGACGAAUCCAAGAGCUGGAGCGAGACCUUGACGACGCUAAUCGCGAGCUCGAACAGAUGGAGAAGAACCUUCAAGAAUCUAGCCAGGGCGAGAUUGCUUUCUUAAGGGAAGAGCAAGAUGCGGUCAGAAACGCCAGCGAGAGCCUGCAAGAAGCAAGAGAGCAGGUGAUUGCUGGCCAGGAGAAGCAAGAGGUUCAACAGUUCAUCAACGAGCUCAAUCGGGAAGCUUCUGUCGAAGCUGCGGAGUGGAAACAGAGACUUAUGGAGCUCGAGAGCAAUUUAAGGGAGGCUCUUGGCGACCUCAAUGGGACGAGGUCAAGCCUUCUAAACUCUAUUGCGAAACUCCAACGAGAACUCGAAAACACAAUGCGGGAUCUCGAUGCCUCCAAGGCAGCCGGUACUGAGAAAGACCGCCUUAUCAAUCAACGAGAUUCUCUCCUCGAAACCCACGCCCUUGAAUCCCGGAAGCUCGCUGAUAUGCUUGACAAGGAACGGCAAAUGCAUCGGAAUACGAAGCAUCAGUUUGAUACUAUCCAAAAGACCUCACAGCACAAAGAGAGAAAUCUUUCGCAACAAGAAUCUCGUAUUUUGGAGCUUGAAACCCGCCUCAAAGCUGAUCGUGCGAAGAUUUCAACAUUGGAAGCCUCCUUCAAGAGCAGUAUGGAGGAGCGCAACAACCUACUCCUCAACUUAUGGAACCGCCUGAGUGCACUCUGUGGCUCGGACUGGGCACACAACAACAGCCUCAUCAAUGGGCGCGCCUUGCCAUCGUUAGAAGCCGUGGGUACCAUGCUCCCUGGCUUUUCCAAGAAUCUCUUCGCGGCAGUCAAGACCAUCGAGACUCUGGUGGGAGAUUUCCGAAAUCGCAUUCGGGCGGUUGAGAAGGAUCUUUGGAAAGAGUAUCAAACCCUAGAAACAAACCUCGAUGUGCGCACAAAGCGACUCGACCGUCUGGAGACCAUGGCAAGAAGUGGCAUCCCUGCACUCAACGGCGAUGCAAAGGCGGAAAUCACGAGAUUAAGAGAUGCGAACAGAAUGCUGAAGACUGAGAUCUCUACCCUACGAGCAGCGAAUGAUGUCCGAGCUGGAGUCUACGCGGACCCAAGUCCCAGCCCCUCUGUCCCAACUGGACCGCGCAAUAAGGCAGGUGACAAGAGUCGCAAUUCAACGCUUACAAGGCAUCAGUCUGCCUCCGCGGUCGAAACUUUCGAACGCAUGUCAAAAUCACGUGCUGGCAGCUCUUCUGGUGGAGGAGAGAAGGGAAUGAUGGGCGCUGGCGGCAUGGGCGGUGAGGACUACAAGCCUGAUCUCAGGUGGCAAGUUCGGCUCCAGGAACUGGAGUACAAGUUGAAGGCGGAGCGGGAGGCGCGGUUAACGGACCGCUUUUCGGCGAAGCAGCGGCUGGAGGAGAAGAGCAGGGAGAAUGCGGAGUUGGCGAAGGAGGUGGAGAGGAGUAAAGUGCGGGCAGAGAUGGGACGGUAACACCGUAGCGAGGGGCAGGGGGCAGAUGUUGAGAGGGGGGACCUGUGUACAAUGUCAUAUUAUGCCUAAGAUGAGAAGCGGCGUUUGCGGGGAGCAUGGUAUGCGUGUUUUGCGUGUGCUUUUUGGGUGAAUGCAUUCAUGGGCCGAUCGCUGCUUGGAGGUGAGUGGGAUAGAGGGUGUAUACUAGAGGUUAAUUGGGGGUUUCUAUCAGUGACGAAUGGAUGACUGCAUGCUAUUAGCCAUGUGGCAGGACCCGAUUUUGACCGUGAAGUCACGAUAUGAGUUAAAUUUCACUCCUGGAUAAUGACUU